GACACUCACGCAUCGGGUCCCUGGCCGCCUGGAUGUGUCUAGCUGCUGUUUACCGUAACAAAGAAACCGUCGCUACAGCUCCCGAAACACACGUAAGUGCGCAGAAACAACGUUGUUGUCAUUAGCGGAGAAGAGGAAUCAUCAGAGAAAAGUGUCGCUUGGAGAACGAGUUGAGUUUCUGUUCGCAGGCGUGGCAGCAGCUCUGUCUUUCUGAAGACAAUUGUGGCAUGAAACCAGAUCGCCUGCAUCUUUCAUUCAUCACCUCCUCCUUCAUCUCCCUCCACCACUCUCCAGUUAGGAACUCUCACCUCAGCUCCACCGCAUUGAUGAGGUAACGUCAAGCUCUAAGCAGCGCAGCACCCACCUGCACAAACACCACCCUACCCCCAUCCUCCCCCUCCUUCUGUUAACCCUUGCAUCGCAGCCAUGGGACAGAAGAUCUCUGGUGGCAUUAAAUCCGUUGAUGGUCGCGGGGAAAGCGGUGGCUCCCCGUCCUACCGUCCCUCGGCUCAUCGUCGACAGCACCCAGAACUGAGGGAUCCAGAUUUCUCCAAACCUCCAAGGCUGGAUCUCCUACUGGACAUGCCAUGUGCUGGACUGGAGACCCAGCACCGUAAUGCGUGGAACACUGAAGACCGGUCGCUCAACAUCUUCAUCAAAGACGACGAUAAACUGACAUUUCACCGCCACCCAGUCGCUCAGAGCACGGACUGCAUCCGGGGGCGGGUCGGAUACACACGGGGUCUCCAUGUGUGGAAGAUCCACUGGCCCUCACGGCAGCGUGGCACCCACGCCGUGGUUGGGGUGGCAACCGCAGACGCUCCUUUACAUUCUGUCGGGUACACGGCAUUGGUGGGGUCGGACUGUGAAUCCUGGGGCUGGGAUCUGGGACGCAACAGGCUCUACCAUGACAGUAAGAACAGGGCCCACAGCUCGCUGCCCAUCUACCCAUGUUUCCUGGAACCAGAGGAGUCAUUCACCCUGCCGGAUUCUCUGCUAGUGAUUCUGGACAUGGACGAAGGGACGCUGAGCUUCAUGGUGGAUGGACAGUAUCUAGGAGUCGCAUUUAGAGGACUGAAAGGCAAGAAGCUGUAUCCCAUCGUCAGCGCCGUGUGGGGACAUUGUGAAAUAUCCAUGAAGUACAUCAACGGCUUGGAUCCCGAGCCUCUUCCUCUGAUGGACCUGUGUCGGCGUGCGGCCCGCCUGGCGCUGGGUCGGGAGCGGCUUCAAGAGAUCGAGACCCUCCCUCUGCCCCAGUCCCUGAAAAAUUACCUCCAAUACCAGUGACUGACACCAGCAGAGCCAACUGGGAGUACAGGGGUGCAGACCAGACCACUGGAGAGUCUAAAGAUAGAUAGAUGGAUAAAAGAAAUUGAAGAAUUCAAAAAGGUGGAUGAUGGAUGGAAGAAUGUCCACACUGAGAGGGUCAUAGCUCUACAAAAGAUGCAUUCAUAAAAGGAUGGGGAGAAAGAUGGUGGAUGAACUGACGAAGGAGGUCCAGGCUUUCAAACAAAGAAUAGGACAGCACCAGCUUCUUUUGGAUUUCCAGCUGCUUUUUCAUUUGUUUUUGACUUGAAAUAAAUUAUUAAUGAUGGUAUCCCAUCAGUGUUUCACUCAUCCAGAAAGAAAACCCAUCCUGUGAUGGCACAUUGUGGUUAAGAGGUGACCGACACAGUGAUAAGACGACCACCGCCACCUAGUGAUGAGAAUACAAACUGCGCAGAGAAAGCACACUAAUCCCUAUCCCUGGAGGCCUUUCUGACACACAGUCAGUUACCAUAUCAUUGCUGUUAUAUGGACAGUAUGUAUUCAUGGUCUCCACUAGCGCAGGCUACAGAGCCUAGAUGUCCAAGAGUAUUUUAGCACUAACUGUGUUUUAUAUCUGACUGACUCGGGGCCCGACCAAAAGCUCACAUUGCGUACAUAGUAAAUUAAAACAUGGCUGCAGACUGCAAAGUUUCGUAAUAGAAAUAAGCAUGCCAAACUUAUCUCCUGGCUUCAUGCAGACAUUAGAUGAGAAUUAAACCCUUUCAGACGUGGAAUAAAAAAGUGUUUAUCAGUUUUUGUAAAAAAAAUAAAAAAAUAAAAAAAAAGUAAGGUUGUUUUGGCUGUAUUCACAAUGCUUGUACAGUAUUUAGCAGCUGGAGCAGUGGAGCUGAAAAUAUUUUAAAUAUUUUAUUUGUUAUUUUAAAAUGUAUUUUGUUGUUUUAAGUUAAUUAAUGACCAGUCAGCGUGAGAUAAGCGCUUCACCAUUUCCCAAUGAUCAUUUAUUAGUUUAUUUUAUUACAUUUAUUUUAUUGUGCUGCAUAUUUUAUACUAUGAUGUCCAAGUACAGAAUGACAUGACUUUUACUUGACUAUUACUUUACUGUAUGUAAAGCAUUUUUAUAUACAAAGGCUAUGCAUCAUUUUACCCAUGCAGUUAGCCUGAAUGAAACUUAAAAAAAUAAGGAUGGCCUGAAUCGUUAACUUACCACACUGCAAGAGGAAAUAAAAAUCCUUUUUAUAGCAUGAUCUGUCAUGAGAACAAUCUUCUCAACAACGUUUUAAUGUCUUCUAGACUGAUUUUAUUUUAAUUGUGCAUAAGAAAUGGUAAAUACGUGGUCCUGGCCUCAAAAUACUAGAGAACAAAACAUGCAUUUAAUCUUUUAAUGUGCAUGCUUUGUGCUGCUGCAGCCUUUAUGUUAAUGUCAUGAUAUUCAGUUAAGCUGCGUGGGAGGUGUUAUGGAAACGUUACUGGGUCCGACUUAGUAGGAUUGCAGUCGCUGCGUUGUCUGAAAGGGGCUUUAAUAAAUAAACAAACAGGACAAAACUGCUUACGGUUUGAAGCAGUGUUAAGUUGCUCUGAGAACCAUUACUCAUAGGACGCUAAAUUAUGUAUUAUGAUGUCAGUUGUGACCAAAGUAUUUCAUACAAAGCCAUGGAGUGUGUGAGUGUGAAUGUGAGCUGUAGGUCGCGGCCCAUCACAGUGAAACUAGUGCUAACGUGCUGUUGGCAAUAAGAAGACCCUCAUCUGCUGUUGUAGCAACCUGCUGUAGCUCACUGGUACCAGACAGCAUCUGUCUGCUCUCCGCACAACUGUCUUAAUGACCAAACAAACAAACAAACAAACAGGACCAGAACGGAUCUAGUCUCACUGGAUCUACUAUAAAGGCUGGAGGGGGAUGUAGGAACAUUACUGCUACUGCAGCGCCAGGGCAGUUUGGCUUAGAACAGGAUCCAGAUGACCAAUGCACAACUACACAAACAAAUACACGCACACACUGUAGACCAAUCAUGUUUUCUUUCCUAAAAAAGGCUUGAGUCACUUUUUUUUUUUUACUUCUGAGUUUGUAUCCUACAUUAUUAUUAUUAUUAUUAAUAUCAUUGUGAGUAUGGAGUCUGAAUCUGAUGAUAGUAGGAUGACAACGAUGAUGAUGGUAGGAUGAUGAUGAUUAUUUAUCACAAGCUAGUUCUAUGUUUCUUUUUUUAACUGAUGGUUACAUUCAGGUAAAUGUAAUACAGAGAUGCUGGUGAUGAAGGGAGAGAGAAAUCAAAGGUUUUUUCUUCAAUGCUGCUUUUAUUAUUAUUAAUAUUAUUAUUAUUAUUAUUAUUUGUGAUGGUGGUGUUCUUACCUCCUGUUUUUAUCACUUAGGAUGGGGAGAAAAGGACUAUUCAGAAAAGUAGUAGAAUGUAUGGACAGACGGUGCAGUUGAGACGUCAACACAUAUGAAAUGUGAAUAAAAGCCAAGUGAAUUUGAAA